AUGAAGAAGUCCUGUGGAGGAGCAGGCUUGCAGAGAGUAGCAUCGGAGAAGUUUAAAGAAGUGGUGAAGUGGAGACGGAUGGGACAAGUUCACUACUUAGUGUGUCCGCCUCGAAACAGGAAGAGAACCAUUAAGAAUGAAAGUAAUAAAAAAGAUGAUAAAUCUAUCGACCAAGCUCGAGUUCAUGCCAGAAGAGCGACUCCCAAAACUUUGUUUAAUAGACUUAAAACAAUGUAUAAGGAUAAGCCUGACAUAGACUUCAAUUGGGUGUCUCAAUUUAGGGCAAUAGCCGAGCUUAAUGCCUUUGCAGAAGAGCUUUCUGUUCACCCCACAAACGGACUUCUUCGAUACAUAGACGACAUCCUUGAAAAAGCACCAACUAUUAUUUCUCAGCCGACAUACAAAGAACUUUAA